AUGGGUGACAAACCUAUUACUAUGAUAUCGGAUGAGGAGGAAAACGAACCAACUACUCUGGAUGAGGAGGAUAUUGAGGCCUUAGCCGAGCCGCCGGAUUGGCUCCCCGAUGGAUGGAUCAUGGAGGUCUUCUGCGCUGAAGAUGGCACCAUUAUUCGAUACUAUACUUCUCCCAUAUCAAAUUACACAUUCACCAUGAAGUCGGAGGUAUUGGAGUACCUUUUUUCUGGGACAGAUGAGCGUAUGCUAGAAUCGAAGGAACAUGGUGCAGAAAACACGCUUCAGAGACAACAUGAAUGGCUUCCAAAGGGGUGGGUGAUGGAGGUAAGAGCUGGUGGGGAGAAGACAAACAAGAUGUACAAGUUUUAUGUCCACUCAAUCACUGGUGUGCGAUUGCUAUCAAAGCAAGAUGUACUACUCUAUAUCAAUGAGGCAAAGGUCUCUGGGUGCGACACCAAUGGACAAUGUGACACAAGUUCUGAAGACAACAUACUUGCAAAAGUGGACUUUCGGCCAAGUGGAUUGCCUGAAGGUUGGGUAAAAGAAAUAGUUUAUAGAAAAACAAAGGAAGGAUUGACCAGGAGAGAUCCGUAUUACACGGAUCCUGCUAGUUCCUACACAUUCCGCACACUGAAAUCUGCAUUAUCCUUCCUAGAAACUGGAAAGGUAUCCAGGCGUGCAUUUAUUCAAAGGACAAGAGUUCAUGAUCUGUACUCUUUUGAAAUAUCUGCAGAUAUGCAUGAAAGUUUACGUAAUAGAUUAAUAGUAAAUGAGAAGCCUUAUCAGGAGCCCACAAGAUCAUCUCGGUCUAGGCGAGCAUCGAAAAUCGAACAGGAUCAAAAUAUAGAUGACUCAAAAGAUGGUGAUACCUCAAGUGGUUCAGAUUCACCAAAUGAGUCAGAAGAAGAAAACAUUAGAAGCAAGAAGGCUGCAGGCAAAAAAAGCAACUAG